AGGAGGAGAGCGGACAACAGGGGCCACAGACCGCCGCGGGCCCCCACCUCGCGCGCCCCCUCUCCGGCCGCCGCCCGCCCGCCGCGCUCUGCUCCUCCGCCUUUCGGGCGCUCAGGCCAGCCGUGCGCGGAGCGUGGGCCCUGCCGGGGGCGGCCAUGCGGCGGUGACAGGAGCGCGGCGGCGACGGCGACAGCGACGGCCCCAGCCCCAGGCGCAGGCAGGACCGGCCAGCCCGCGAGUGAGACCGGACGCCCCCGCCCCCGGUCCGGCCUGAUCGGCGCCCCGCAUCCUCUCCCGCCUCCUCCCUCCGCGCCUUGGGGCUGCCCGGCGCCGCCGCCGCUGCCGUCCCCGCCGCCGCCGCCGCUGCUGCUGCUGCGGCCGCCGCUAUAUCGGGAAUCAUGGCGCAAGUCGCAAUGUCUACAGUGUCCGUUGAUGACGAGGAGUCUUCAGAGAGCAGAAUGGUGGUCACGUUCCUCAUGUCUGCCCUUGAGUCAAUGUGUAAAGAACUUGCCAAGUCAAAGGCAGAAGUGGCCUGCAUUGCCGUGUACGAGACAGAUGUGUUUGUUGUGGGCACCGAGCGCGGACGGGCUUUUGUCAACACCAGGAAGGACUUUCAGAAGGACUUUGUAAAAUACUGUGUUGCUGAAGGUGAAAAGGCCGCAGAGCUUCACAAGAUGAGGGCCACAUCCCACCCAAAUAGAACGACUGUCGACGCCGUUGAGAUCGAGACUCUCAGAAAAACAGUGGAGGACUAUUUCUGCUUUUGCUACGGUAAAGCCCUAGGCAAGUCCACAGUGGUACCUGUUCCAUAUGAGAAGAUGCUCAGGGACCAGUCAGCUGUUGUGGUACAGGGCCUUCCUGAGGGGGUGGCUUUCAAACAUCCAGAGAACUAUGAUGUCACCACCCUGAAGUGGAUUUUGGAGAACAAGGCAGGGAUUUCUUUCAUCAUUAAGAGACCUUUCCUGGAGCCAAAGAAGCAGCUGGGUGGUCGUGUAUCUGUCACUGACUCAGAACGGUCAAGAAUAUCAUCCCCAGGUGGAAGUUGUCCUAUCAAAGUGAAAACGGAGCCUACUGAAGAUUCUGGCAUUUCACUGGAAAUGGCAGCUGUUACAGUUAAAGAAGAGUCAGAAGACCCUGACUACUACCAAUACAAUGUUCAAGGAAGCCAUCAUUCUUCGGAGGGCAAUGAAGGAACAGAGAUGGAAUUACCAGUGGAAGAUUCUACCCAGCAUGCCCCUUCAGAAACAAGUGAGGACCCUGAAGUUGAGGUGACUAUUGAAGAUGACGACUAUUCACCACCCAGCAAGAAACCAAAGAACACUGAGCCAGUCAAUGAGGCGGCCAAUGCUGGAAAAAGAAAAGUGAGGGAAUUCAAUUUCGAGAAAUGGAAUGCUCGAAUUACUGAUCUACGAAAACAGGUUGAAGAAUUGUUUGAAAGAAAAUACGCUCAAGCUAUAAAAGCCAAAGGCCCGGUGGCCAUCCCUUACCCCCUCUUCCAGUCUCAUGUUGAAGACCUGUAUGUGGAAGGACUGCCUGAAGGCAUUCCUUUUCGAAGGCCGUCUACCUAUGGAAUUCCUCGUCUUGAGAGGAUAUUGCUUGCAAAAGAGAGGAUUCGGUUUGUGAUUAAGAAGCAUGAACUUCUCAAUUCAACACGAGAAGACUUACAGCUAGAAAAACCAACUUCAGGAGUGAAAGAAGAAUGGUAUGCCAGGAUCACCAAAUUAAGAAAGAUGGUGGAUCAGCUGUUCUGUAAAAAGUUUGCUGAGGCCUUGGGAAGCACUGAAGCCAAGGCUGUGCCUUACCAGAAGUUUGAGGCGCAUCCUAAUGAUCUCUAUGUGGAAGGGCUCCCAGAAAACAUUCCUUUUAGAAGCCCGUCCUGGUACGGGAUCCCAAGGCUGGAAAAAAUCAUUCAAGUGGGCAACAGAAUUAAAUUUGUAAUCAAAAGACCAGAGCUGCUGACUCACAGCACCCCGGAAAUAACUCAGCCCCGAACAAAUACCCCAGUGAAAGAAGAUUGGAAUGUGCGAAUUACUAAACUACGAAAGCAGGUGGAAGAGAUUUUUAAUUUGAAAUUUGCUCAAGCUCUCGGGCUUACUGAGGCUGUCAAGGUACCAUAUCCAGUCUUUGAAUCCAACCCCGAGUUCCUGUAUGUGGAAGGCUUGCCAGAAGGAAUCCCCUUCCGAAGUCCCACCUGGUUUGGAAUUCCACGGCUGGAAAGGAUUGUCCGUGGAAGUAAUAAGAUCAAGUUUGUGGUUAAAAAGCCAGAGCUGGUUCUUUCCUACUUACCUCCUGGAAUGGCAAGUAAAGUCAACACUAAAGCCUUGCAGACCUCAAAGAGAGCAAGGAGCCCUGGCAGCAACUCCAAGGUGCCGGAGAUCGAGGUGACCGUGGAAGGUCCUAAUAAUAAGCCACAAACUACAGCUGUUCGAACUCCUACCCAGACUAAUGGUUCCAAUACUCCCUUCAAACCUCGAGGGAGAGAAUUUUCAUUUGAGGCCUGGAAUGCUAAAAUUACAGACCUCAAACAGAAGGUUGAAAAUCUCUUUAAUGAAAAAUGUGGGGAGGCUCUUGGCCUUAAGCACCCUGUGAAGGUUCCAUUUGCGUUAUUCGAAUCUUUCCCCGAAGAUUUUUACGUCGAAGGCUUACCAGAGGGUGUGCCCUUCCGACGACCGUCAACUUUCGGCAUUCCAAGACUGGAGAAGAUACUCAGAAAUAAAGCCAAGAUCAAGUUUAUCAUUAAAAAGCCUGAGAUGUUUGAAACUGCCAUUAAAGAAAGCACUUCCAAAAGCCCUCCAAGAGGCUCUGCAGUGUUCUCGGGCUUGAUGAAAUCUCCACAAUGUCACCCACAAAAAGGACCAAUCUGGAGGACUUCACCAUCUAUAGGGAAUCCCUCUUUGACUUCGGACUCUGCGUUGGAUCUCCUCCAUAACACUGGAAAAAUGAAUUCAGCCAAUGUCACCACCACAGCGGCAGGGGUGGAAGACCUCAACAUCAUUCAGGUGACAAUUCCAGAUGAUGAGAGUGAAAGACUGUCAAAAGUGGAAAAGGCCCGCCAGCUGCGAGAACAAGUGAAUGAUCUCUUUAGCCGCAAAUUUGGUGAAGCGAUAGGCAUGGGCUUUCCUGUGAAAGUCCCCUAUAGGAAAAUCACCAUCAAUCCUGGCUGUGUGGUCGUAGAUGGGAUGCCCCCUGGGGUGGCCUUCAAAGCCCCCAGCUACCUGGAAAUCAGCUCCAUGAGAAGGAUCUUAGAUUCAGCAGAAUUUAUCAAAUUUACUGUCAUUAGACCUUUUCCAGGACUUGUCAUUAAUAACCAGUUGGUCGAUCAAACCGAAUCAGAAGGCCCAGUAAUACAAGAGUCAGCUGAUCCAAGCCAGUUGGAGGUUCCUGUGACAGAAGUAGAUGUAAAGGAAACGGAAGGAAGCUCUCAGAUCAAGCAGGAGCCAGACCCCACGUGGUAGACGUCUGCAUUCCCGGGCUUAAAAGUAUCAGUGGUUGAGAAGAGCUUGCCGGAACUGUUACAGCCGCAGCUGUGUAAUAUAAUUGUAUAACAGAAUUACCUUCUAUACAAACCUUUUUUUCUACUUUUAGAUAGAAAUGUCUACUUUUUCAGCAGUUCUGUGAAUUGAAUUAAAGAGCAGAGUGACUGUAGAUUUGGAAUGGCUGGUUUACUUUGGAAUCUAUUCUAAGGAUUUUGCAGCAGUGCUGGAAAAAGGACCGGAAGAAUCUCAUCGGUUUUCUGUUUUGUUUUGUUUUUUUACGCGAUCAGCACAGACUUGAGAAAUGGUGUCGUUUUCCAGCCAAGGGAAGAUCUCUCCAGCUGGACCCCUCUCAGCUUUGCAGUGAAGAAAGCACCUACCGACGAUCGUUCAGUUCUUUAGUUUUUCUAUUUGAAAAAUCAUUUCAGUGAUUUUUGGUUCCUGUUUCUCCUUUAACGGCUGAGUGGACAAUAGUAUAUGUAUAUUUGACUGGACUUUUUCCUACGCUAUCUAUCACGGUUCAUGUUUUUCAUAAAUAAAAAAACCAUCUGGUUCACCUGACAGUUAGUAAGAGGUCAGUAUCUCAGUGUGUGGAUAACAAUGAACCCUCUUCCCAUUUUACUUAUUUUUGUCCAAAUAAAGAGUGCAUGAUGUAUCCGAAUAGUAGCACAGUUAAAAAUCAGGUAUGGAAAUUUGGGCAAGCUAAGUUUCACACUGGAGCCUCCCUAUAGCGUGACCUGCUAAGGCAGUGGGGUUUGGUAGUAUGCGGGGGAGGGUGUCCAGCUUGGAUGGGGUCUCAUUCCCAAGAGCCCCACAUUAGAACGCCAGCUCACCCGCCAUGCUCUCUUCUCCCAAAGGCGGCGGCCGAAGCAGCAGCGUUAGAGAGAGGCUUCAGUGUCAUGUUUAAGAGGUUUAGAAGCUAAUUACGCAUCCUCUGAUAUCUUCCCCACACUUUGUAGGAGAAACUUUAAAUGUGUUGAAAUUUCACAAACAAAAAAAAAAAAUUGUAUGAUACCAGCUCUAUGAAAAGCUAGAAGAUGUGACGGUUUAGAGUUUUCCUUAGCUUUGCCACAAUAUUCACAAUGGAAAAUUAUAUGACAUGGUAGCAGAGUAGACCUUUUAAUGUGUUGCUUAUAUUUUACCUCAAAUUAAAUUGUAGAUAUAGGGUAAUAAAUAAAAUUCAUCCAUGCCUUUCACACACUAA